AUGCCUCGCGAUCCUCUCAUUGGGCUCGUGGGCUACCUGCAGAUCGACUGCGUAUGCUCGCGACACAACGUAUCGGACCGAUGUCGCCCCAACUAUGGCAGCUGCGUGGAUGGCCGACGGUCAGUUCCCAUCGAGCUCCUCGACGUGGCGGGGCUCGUGCCGGGCGCGCACGAGGGCCGCGGCCUGGGCAACAAGUUCCUGGACGACCUGCGACACGCCGACGCGCUGAUACACGUAGUGGACGUGUCGGGGACGGUGGAUGCCGAGGGCAAGGAGACGAGGGGGUACGAUCCGUCGGUGGACAUCGCCUGGCUGCGGCACGAGGUGGUGGCGUGGAUCCUGGGCAAUCUGCUGAACAAGUGGGGGUCCGUCCGGCGGCGGCACAUGGCCAUCAAGGGGACCGCCGUCGAGACGCUGCAGGGCCAGUUCUCCGGGUACGGAGCCACGACGGCGACGGUCAACCGCACGCUUGACCGGGCCGGCAUCAAGGAGCCCCUGGAGGACUGGUCCAACGAGACGGUCGAGCACAUCGUCAACGCCUUCGUCGACGAGAAGUUCCCCACCGUCAUCGCCCUCAACAAGAUCGACCACCCGGACGCCGACAAGAACAUCUCCAAGAUCGCCAAGAUGCACGAUCCCAAGGAGAUCGUCCUGUGCUCCGCCAUCUCCGAAAUCUUCCUCCGUAAGAUGGCUAAGCAGGGCUAUAUCAAGUACGUCGAGGGUAGCGAGUUCGUCGACACCAAGGAGGACCUCAUCGAGAAGGGGGACCCCACCGGCGGCGGGCUCAAGGAACUGGAUGAGCGUAAUAGGAAUCGCAUCGAGAACCUGAAGGACAUGGUCCUCUACCGUUUCGGCUCCACCGGCGUCGUCCAAGUCCUCUCCCGUGCCGCUGAGCUCCUGGGCCUCGUCCCCGUCUUCCCUGUCCGCAACACGUCCACCUUUGCUUCGGGCGCCGCAGAAUCCAAGUUCGUCUUUAGGGACUGCGUCCUAGUCAAGAAGGGCUCUACCGUCGGCGAUGUUGCCCGAAAGGUCAUGGGUGAUGCGCCCAUUGCCUACAUUGAGGGCGUCGGCAACUUGCGCGUAUCCGAAGACGAUUCUGUUAGCGUCGGCAAAAACGAUAUCUUGUCUUUCAAGGUUGGUCGCGCUUGA